GUUGUGUUCAGUACGACGGCAGCGUGCAACGUGCACAGUUUGGUAACGCAGAGAGGAUAAAAGUCAAAGCUUUUCCAGCAGUAAUAAUAUCAAGUAGAAAGUAGAGAAAAAAUAAGCAAGUGACAGUUUGUGUUAAACGUUUCGUGGUUGACAUUAGUGAAUUUAAUGAGUUUGUAUGUGUAAGUGCUAAAAAAAAAAGUUCGAAAAUUCGACAGCUCGGUAGCCAUAGAAGUAAAGUGGUGAAACAGGAGAACCAUUAAAAAAGCAUAAAGCAAGGUACAGAGUAAGCAGUGGCAGCAGCAGGCAUAACAAAGUAAAUAAAGCAUAAAUCACGAACGACUGCCAAGCAAAUAAAUAUCUGCCCGCUUGCACCGCACCGCACCGCACCGCACAGAGCACAGGGUGCACGCACAUACCACGCACUACGCGAAGCACAAGGCACGAAGCACACUCACAUCCGAACACCGAGCACCGGCAUCCCAGAGCACUUCAUUGAGCACAAAAUGCGAAGUUGCCAUUUAAUUGCGCUGUCGAUUGGCGUUUGUGUGGCAGCCAUGUCGCUGUUACCAACCACCGUCUGCGCCACGACAGAAGUACAGGAGACACCAUUGGCGUUGCCUGUCGCCGAACAGACACAACCGACUACGGCUACACCGGGUGAAAUUUGGGAGGAAGAUGAUCAUGAGAUAUUGAUACGUAACGAGCGUGGAACAAAGAGUGAUGGUCUCUCCUGUCGUUAUGGCAAAAAUCCAUGGACCGAAUGUGACCUAAAGACCAACACACGCUCACGAACGUUGACGUUGAAGAAGGGCGAUCCGGCAUGCGAUCAAACGCGAACCAUACAAAAGAAAUGCAAAAAAGCUUGCCGAUAUGAGAAGGGUUCCUGGUCUGAAUGUGCUACCGGUCAAAUGACACGCGCUGAUAAAUUGAAGGCGACCAGCGAUCCAUCGUGCGAAGCAACACGUGUUAUUAAGAAGAAUUGCAAACCCGGCAAGUCCAAGGAUAAGAGCGCCAAGGAGCAACGUAAGAAUAAGGAUAAAGGUGUACGCAAAGCACGCGCCUAAUUGCCCAACAACACACUAAAUACCCAUCGAGAUGUUUCAAAUAUAAAAUUCAAAAAUUAAAUUUACCAACUGAAUUGAAUUGAGACACGAUGCAAAAACAACAAAUCACAAAAAACACAUA